GAAGAAGAAGCAGCCGGGUAGGAGGAGGAUGACGAAGAAGAAGACGCCAUUUUAUCGCUGAACGAGCAGAAAGAUCCAGAAACGAUCCCAAAGCUGAACCAAAAUGGGGAAUUUUGCAAGCCUCUUUAAAGGACUGUUCGGGAAAAAAGAGAUGAGGAUCCUGAUGGUAGGACUAGAUGCUGCUGGAAAGACUACUAUACUGUACAAGCUCAAACUGGGAGAAAUUGUUACCACAAUCCCUACCAUCGGUUUUAAUGUUGAGACGGUAGAAUUCAAGAACAUCAGUUUUACAGUGUGGGAUGUCGGUGGUCAGGACAAGAUCAGGCCACUCUGGAGGCAUUAUUUCCAAAACACACAGGGUCUCAUCUUUGUAGUAGACAGUAACGACCGGGAGCGAAUCGGCGAGGCAAAGGAGGAGCUGAUGCGAAUGCUGGCUGAGGAUGAGCUGAGAGAUGCUGUGCUGCUUGUGUUUGCUAAUAAACAGGAUCUUCCAAAUGCCAUGAAUGCAGCGGAGAUCACAGACAAGCUGUCCCUUCACUCCUUGCGUCACCGCAACUGGUACAUCCAGGCCACUUGUGCUACAAGUGGAGAUGGGCUCUAUGAGGGUCUGGACUGGCUUUCGAGCCAGCUGAAAAACGCAAAAUGAUCAUCUCCCCACGUCCCCAUCUGCCAACUCUGUCGGUAGUGUUUUUGGGAGACUGCACUGGUCCUGGUAUCACUCUGUCCUCUUCUUUUCUCUAUUUCCUCUAAAUCGUUGGACCUUUGGCCAGUGCUCCCUUGCAUCCAUGUACUGUACGUGUAUGUCUGGGUACGUGUUUUUGUGUGAGUGAGUGAGUGAAUUAAUGAAUGAAUGAAUGAAUGCUUGUGUGUGUGUGUGAGAGAGAGCUAAGUGGGAGCAGCCCUGCUGUGCCUUGAACACAGUUUGCUCUCAGUCACCUCAUUCCUUCAGUGUCAGCUCAUCCAAAGGCGCUGUUUUCCAUGAAGCAAAAAGCAACGCAAGGUGCAGAGGGCUCAAUUUCCUCUGAAAAGAAUGUUUAAAAGAAACCAAUGAUGAUGAAAUCUUUACAUUUGAUAGCCACGUUGAGACGUUUUGUUAACUCACCUUAUAAAAAGAUGCACGGUGAAGCGUCUGACGUCCUGGAGCAGUUGAUGUUCUUUUAAAGAUUGAAAAGUUAACGGUUAAAACAGUGUUUGAAUUCCAAGCGUAACAUGUCCUUAAUGAGCAGAAUGUAAUCCUGUUUGCAACCAGAAAUUCCAACAAGUUAAAUUUUUUUUUUAAUUUUUCUUUUUUUUUAAAUUAAUUUUAGUCCAGCCUGUAAAAGAUGUCACACAUACCUUUGAGUCUUAUAUUUCUUUCUCUCUUGUGACUAGAGAAUCAAAAGAUCCACCAUGACUGGAUCUGGAAAAGGCAAUAAAUGUUGCAGCGCAUGUUUACAUAUGUGGAGGAGUGUAACUACUGCAUGGCUUGUGGUUAUGUGUAUUCUCGGGGCCUGUGUGGGUUUCAGCUGCACCUAGUCCAUUACAACGAUGAGGCCUUUUAUUUUCUCCCACUCUUCAUUUACUGGUAGUCUUUUUCUUUGUUUCUCCUGUAUGUAGUUCCUUGGUUAGGAUUUGUUAUAUUAUCAAUUGUUUUAUACAUACAUAUAUAUAUAUAAAUAUUUUAUUUUAAUAUUACUGUUUAUUCGUUUGUGACCUGGUUUACGUCAGUCUGAGCUGCAGGCGAGCGGUCCAUUCUGAGUAAAACGCUCUCAGGACCAACUGAUCGGCUUCAGAUGGGGCUCAUUGUGUACAAUUCAGUUUUAGAUGAAUCUGCAGAGCAGGUGGUCGCAAGCUUUUAUGUUCGUCCGAGGACACAAAUAUGCUGUUGGCCGCGUUAUUAGAGCUGUGAUAGCUGGUACAUUUUGAAUCUGAAGCGUAUCAAUUAGCCCUGUAAACGCUUACUCAAUGCUUGAGGCUUUUUCUCGCUUCAGGCACUUCCCCCGUUCAUUUGCACAACCUCAUCAGCUUCCAUAACACAGGCUUGUGCGAGGACAGCCGUCUAGAUCUCAGCCACUGCAGUGAACCCACUCACUGUAACUCCCAACCGCUCUAUACCAGCAGAAGUUCAAAUGUGCAAGUAAAAGUGUUGCUCUAGUUUCUCCAGAAAAGCUAAACCCUCACCCAGCCAUCCUAAAGGCCUCUGCGAUGGAAAGAAGCAGUACACAGCCCUGAGUGAGUGACGACGACUUCAGACUUUUAUUUUAACACUGACCUCAACGGGGAGCUUCAUGUUCCCUUUUUGUUUUUCUACAACUGGAUUAUUUGAUGUUUUCUUUGAAAGUUGUAAUGGAAUGACUAAUCUUGGUCCUUAUGUUACAGUAUUUCUUUAAAAAAAAGUAGAUGCAUAAUCUUGUAAACUGCAAGAAAUACAAACAAGAAAAAGAAAAAUCUAUUAAAAAUGUGUUUUAACAUGACAUCUUCCAUCAUUCUGUUCAGAUGUGAAGCUUUAAUGUGCAACAUUGUUUCUGUACAAAUGGCAUGCUAUGUGCAUAUGUAUUUCUUUAACGCCUUUUGCUUCUUUUUAAGCUCAUCCUGUAACAUCUGAUAAAUGCACUAUAAUAAAGAGAAUCUCUAUUGUUCA